AUGGAUCAUUAUAUCGCACAUUUUGGCAACGACGCUGACAUCAAAGGGGCAGUGGUCUCGACGUUCAAUGGUGGCUGCUUCUUUGGCGCUGCUGGUGCCGGAUGGAGUAACGACAGAUUUGGACGAAAAAGGACCAUUCAAAUUGCAUGUAUCAUUGCCCUUUGGGGUUGUGCCAUGCAGACGGGGGCAAAUAAUGUCGUAACCUUGCUUACUGGGCGUAUCAUUGCCGGUGUCGCCAUUGGAGUUCUGUCCAUGACGGUGCCUUUGUACAAUACUGAAGUGGCGCCUCCGAAGAUUCGUGGAUUUUUAGUGGGUUUGACCCAGCAGAUGUUGGGAAUCGGUUUUAUCACGGCUAACUGGGUCGGGUACGGCUCGCAAUACAUCAAGUCGGAUGCUUCCUGGAGGCUACCUCUUGGCUUACAGAUGGCCCCUGCUGGACUGCUUUUGGUGGGCACUCAGUUCCUACCAUACAGCCCGUUACACAACAACGAUCAGGUCUCUGCAGACAAGGAGUACACACAAAUGUACGAAACAAUUAAGGCAGAACUAUCCGUCAAGAGUAACCAUCUAAGCGACCUAUGGGGCACUCGCGCAAUGAGAUGGCGUACAUUUGUUGCAAUGGGCGUGCAAAUUUUCUGUCAGUUCACGGGAAUUAACGUGAUCAAUUACUAUGGCCCGGACAUGUACAAGAGCCUGGGUAUAAUAGGCGGAAAGGCUCUGUUCGUCCAAGGAAUAUACGGCGCUGUCGGCCCAAUUGCCAAUUUAUUCUUCAUCAUUUUCAUUCUCGAUAGAGUAGGACGAAAGAAGCCUCUUCUUUUUGGAGCUGGAAGUCUUGUAGUUACGUUCUCCAUCCUCGCCGCCAUCCUCGCCACGAACCCUGUCGGCUCUGCUGACUCCAGCAUCUCAGCUCAAAGGUCGGGAUCUCAGUUCAAGAUAGCACCGAUACAUCUACUGAACUUAAACUCGAAGGGCUGGUAUCGCAAUGAUAUUCUUGACAAGUAUAUUCUUCUCCUUAAGCUUUGGGCCUGUCAGUUGGGUUCUGGCAUCCGAGGUUUUCCCCACAAGCACUCGCGCAAUCGGGACCAGUGUGGCAACUUGUUCUAA